AUUCCGGAAGUUCCCACGGGGCGACGUCACUUCCGCCGCGCUUCCUGGAGGCGCCAAGAUGGACGCGGCGCGGGCCCGGGAGCAGCUCCGGCGGCGGUACCUGUUCUCGCCCGACGCCGAGGCCUCGCUGGACGGCAGAGGCUGCGCCGGGCCGGGAGCCUCUGCAGCUGUUGAGAAAAAGCAAAAACCUCUUCCAAGACUUAAUGUCCAUUCUGGAUUCUGGAUAUUGGCAUCCAUUGUUGUGACCUAUUAUGUGGAUUUCUUUAAAACUAUUAGAGAAAACUUUCACACUAGUAGUUGGUUUCUCUUUGGCGGCGCCUUGUUGCUUGUCAGCGUGUCCAUUGCAUUUUACUGCAUUCUCUAUCUGGAGUGGUAUCGUGGGAUUGAAGAUUAUGAUGUCAAGUAUCCAGCCCUGAUACCCAUCACAACUGCUGCUUUUAUCAUGGCAGGGAUUUGAAAUGGGCUCGUAGCAUCUAUUCUUUGCUGUUUGCUGUUUACACAUAUGAUUCAUCCGCAUUGUUGUGAGUAGCAGUUGUUCAUUGCUGUCGGGCAGUCCAGCCUGUAGCUGAAUCCCAGUUUCUUUUUCUACUAUUGAUAACAUUUGGAUUGUUUCCAGUUUGGUGGUGUUAUUAAUGAGGCUAUCAAGAACAUUCUAGUGUAUGUCUCUUGAGAAUAUGUGCACAUUUCUGUUGGAUGUAUAUGUGAGAGGGACACAUUGAUCGGUUGUCUCCCACACACACCCCGACUGGGACUGGGGAUCGAACCCACAACCCAGUGUGAACCAGCCAUCUUCCACAUUGAUUUUCAGUAUUCCAAGAAACCUGACUUAAUGUGGAGGCGUUAUCUCUACAAGUGAAAUUGUUGGCUCAUAGGGUGUGCAUGCCUCCAAUUUCAGUAAAUAAUGCCACACUAUUUUACAACGAGAUUGUUCUUUUUUUUAAAUUUCUUUUUAUUUUUUAAAAAUAUAUUUUUAUUGAUUUCAGAGAGGAUGGGAGAGGGAGCGAGAGAUAGAAACAUCAGUGAUGAGAGAGAAUCAUUGAUCGGCUGCCUCCUGCACAUCCCCUACUGGGGAUCGAGCCCAUAACCCAGGCAUGUGCCCUUGGCCAGAAUUGAACCUGGGACCUUUCAGUCCGCAGGCUGAUGCUCUAUCCACUGAGCCAAGUCAGCUAGGGCUAUAUGCUUUUGCUCUUAUAAAAAUACCCCAGUUGGUGUCUUUCUUCAUAAGUUAAUAGGCACUCAGUGAAAAAAAAGUGAUUUUAUUAAUGUUUGCAAAAGUACACUUGCUCACUGAAGAAAUAUCUGUUAAAUACAGUAAAUACAAAAGAAAUAAAUCCCAGGAUCCUGCCUGUCAGGGAGAAAAAUUACUCUUUAUGUACAGUGAGUCCUCACUUAACAUCGUCGUUAGGGUCUGUGACGGUAAGUGAAACAACAUAAAAGAAACGGGCUUUCCCACAGGCCAGUGGGUAAGCGAGAGUGCCGCUCUGCGUGGCUCAGUGUCGUGGUGAGGUGCUGUUUCGUGGGUGUAGCCCUGUAGUUUGUUUCUCUCUUGAUGUUAAAUCAAUUAUGAUUUUGGGAACCACCUGCUUUUGUACAUACUCAGUUUAAAUCUUUUUUUUAAAAAAUGAUUUAUUUUCUGUAGUUGAAGGUCAAGGGUAUUUAACAUACUACGUUAUGAUGUGGCUCUUAUUAACCCUUCAGUAAUGUAGGUAGACAGCUGUGUUAUUUUACACUUUCUUACAAGGCUACUGUCACCCCCAGAAAUGUUAUUUAAUUUUUCAGGACAGUAUAAUUAUAGCUCUUUUAAAGUUCUACUUACUAAAAGGUUACAUUUUAAAGUCAAUAACUGUCUGAAGCAUUUAAUUGGCUAUAGUUCUUCCCAUUUACCUUCUGCUCUUACGAAUUCAGUUCACAAAAGUCAGUUGCACUUAAAGUGUUUUACCUUAGUGAUAGGAAUAGUGUUUUUCUCAGUGGAAAAUUUAAUAGCAAGUUAUAAAUGGUUGCUUUUUUCAUUCUGUUUCUAACAGAAAAAUGCUUUUAACCAUCUUUUUACCGUAAUGGUUUGAUAGUGUGGGAUGUUGAGAGCAGACUACGGCCAUUCUAGUUCAUGUCCCAUUGCAGACCCCGACUUUAAUCACUUAAGUUCCCUUAAGCCAAGCCGGCCUGCAUUAGAAGACCUGUGACUCUAGUCCAAGUACUUUUUGAAGAGAUUAUGAUAGUUCCAAUAUUUGUUAGAUCACAUCUUUGAGAGA